AUGCAGGGGUUUGUUGCCUUUUUAGAACGAGUACACAUAGGAGAAAUUGAAGAAGCAGUGGUUACCCAAAAGCAGUCAAAAAAAUGGGUAUCAAGCAGACAAAAAAAGCUCUACGAGUAUAAUAUCUUAACAUUGCAAACUUCAAUAAUAAUCCAAGAUGCUUUAAAAGAAGAACCUAGAGUUUCUGUAAGUGAAUUAGAAUCUAGGUUUAAAGGUUAUAAACAAGCCUCUGAACUUCAAUAG